AUGAACGAUUCCUUCGUCGCAGCUGUUGUGGGUCGUAGCACAGAUCUGAAGGAUUAUCGUCUACGUUCGAAGCUCCAGCCUCUAUCGCAGAGUUCUAAAGCCCCACAGAAUCACCGGGACCCACCGGGACCCACUGAGAAUCGGGUGACCUCACCUGGGACCGGGAAGAACGCGCAGAUCUCCGAACACACGGACCUGACAGGGACGCGUUGCCUUGGUAACGAUGGCAGACUCCUCUUCUCCUUGGCUGGAGGCUCACUCAGACCCUGUUGCUGUGGAGAAGGAGAGAACAGUCUUGUGGUGGCCGACCUGGGCUCCUCUGGCUCCUCUGGGAUAAAACUCAAGGUCUUCAGGGGGACCUCUCUGGUGUCGGAGUCCUCUCUCCUGGACCUCCCAUCAGGUCUGGUCUCAUUCUUCAUGGACUUGAACGAGCCUCGGGUCCCAGCUCUGGCCGUGGCUUCAGGUCCAUGUAUUUACGUCUACAAGAACCUAAGGCCCUACUUCAAGUUCACUCUGCCGGGACUCGAGGUGGACCCUCUGGAGCAGGAUGCAUGGGCGGGGCACACUGACCCGCAGGCUUUAAGGGAGCUGCUGGAGGGCAUCAGGAGUAAAUCUAUCCUGUCUCAGCGAUCACUACACUUCCUGUCACUGGAACCAGAGAAGUGGGAGGAGUUUGUGAAGCUGCACCAGGACCAGCCAAUCAGGAGACAGACCGUCAUCACCUGCUUGGGGACCCUGAGGAAGUGUACGGCGGAUGAAGAUGGAGUCAGCUGUUUAGUGAUUGGCACAGAAUCCUGUGAGGUCUAUGUCCUGGAUCCAGAGGCUUUUAUUAUCUUGACCAAGGUGGUGGUACCAGCGCCCCCUGUUGUCCUGGAUGUCAGUGGACAGUUUGAUGUAGAGUACAGAAUCACGGCGGCGUGUCGGGACGGCAACGUGUACAUUCUGCGCAGAGACUGUGAGAAACCUAAAUACACUGUGGAGCUGUCGUCUCAAUGUGUGGGUUUGGUUCGAGUCGGAAAAACUGUGGUGGUCGGCUGCAGCGACCAGACACUCCAGGGAUUUACCCAGAAGGGGAAGCGCCUCUGGAGUCUCCCCCUGCCCUCCCCCAUCUCGGCCCUCUCCCCCAUGCCCCUCCCCUCUCGUGGGUUCGGGGGCCUCCUUGUGGCCCUCAGCAGUGGGGAGGUGCGUCUGUACCAGGACCAGUGGUUGGUGAACACUCAGAGGGCUCCGGAGCCGGUCACCGCGAUGACGUUUGGUCGUUACGGUCGUGAGGAGGGAACUGUCAUCAUGGCGACCCGUGGAGGGGGGAUGCUGGUGCGGAUCCUGCGGCGGACAGCGUCUCUCCAGAAGUCAGAGGGAGGGGGGCCCCCAGUGGCCCAGAGUGUGCGUCUGAAUGUCCCCAAGAAGAGUCAGCUGUUUGUGGAUCAGACUCUGAGAGAGAGAGAGCAGGGCAGCUUGAUGCAGAGCGCCUUUCUCACAGACCUGCUCCGUACCCGUGUGCGUGCUGCUCAGGCUUACUGCAGAGCUCUGGAGGCCUCUGAGGGCCCCUGCUCUGAAGGCCUCUCCUCUGAGGGACCCAUCAAGCUGCAUGCUGCAGUGAGAGGCUUGGGACCACGCUUUACUCUCACUCUGUAUGUGGUUAAUACAGCAGCUGUCCGACCAAUCAUAGGCCUCCGAGUGUGUCUAUUGUAUGACCCCGCCCACUACACUGUAGCCCCGCCCAUGCUCACACUGCCCUUGCUGGCCCCCGGACUGAACUACAGCCUCAGCACACUAGUCACCUGCUGCGGAGCCCUACACACUAGUGACGUCAUCAGGGCAUGUGUGGUUCAGGAGGGGAGGGGUGGCGUGUUGCUAACGGCUAACAUCAACAUGCCUCAGGCUGAGGGACUCGUGUAA